UUCUUUUUCUCUUUGAAAUAUGGAGACCUGUUUUUUAUCCCACCUACAGCUGGAUUUGCUCAUUAUACCAAGUUAAGCUACUUAUAUUUUCACAGUAAAUGAGUUGCACGAACCGUCUGCUGUUACCGGUAUUUGUGGACGGGACUGUUAUGUCAGUAGACUCGAGCAGCGACGAAGAUGUGCACCUGGUAUCAAAAUGUUGGGAAUGUGGGCAGAACAUCCACAACUUAAAGAAAUUGAUUUCACAUUAUAAAAGCCACAAUACCAAAGCCACAUGCCACAUCUGCAAGGUUAGUUUCCGUCGCCUGAUGUCACUCUCUACACACUUGGAUAAUGCGCAUCUGCCACCUGUCUGCAACAAAUGCCAUCAGUCUUUCAGCAAUGUCUGGGAGCUGAACAAGCAUGCAGAGAAACACUGUACAGACUCUGAGUUUAUCCAAGAAGAUUCCUCGUUGAUUUGUAAGAGGCAGAGCAGUGACAGCUCUCCUAAUGAGAAGACAAUGCAGCAAAAUGCAGAUACUGUUCAACAUGACUCACUGCCAGCACUGAGGUCUGAACAGAGAGCUGAUAUAAAGCCUGAGAUGCCUAAAAACAGUGUGGCGUACAUACUGGGUGCAGAUGAUGAAGAUCUUAGCACUGAAAGUGAUUCCGACAUGGCAGAAGAUUCAACAAGCUCUGCUUCUGAAGAUGAAGUCAUGACACACUCUAAACCUAAUAAACUGCCUCCAGAUCACUCUGAAACAAAUGGUCGCUCCAACUCCAGUUUUCCCAAUGAUUCUGGUCAUUUUUCAGACUGUCCAGAUUCCCAAACGACAUGUGCACCCUUUCCUGCUGCCAAUAGUGUAAUGUGCACUGUGUGCGGCAGAGGUCCGUUUAAGUCAAUUAAGCUCCACUUGCUGCACUGCAGUGGCGUAAGAGUAAAAUAUCAAUGCUUUCUGUGCAAGAAGGCCUUUCUAACUGAGAGUGCUGUUAAGAAACACCACUUGGCUCUGUAUGCCUGUGACAUCUGUGGCCAAGUUUUCAGUCACAAAAACUUGUACUAUAGCCACCAGUGUCCCAAAGGGAGAAAAUCACCUUUGGUGCUUUUCUGCUCUGAGUCAAUGCCGAAAGCAUGCAACAUAUGCAAAUUCCUUUUUACCUCUGAGAAAUAUUUAGUAGAGCACGUAACCAAAGUUCACACGUCAGUGGUCAGCACCAAGGCGUGCACUGUUACUACUCCAUCACUGUUGGCAAAGGAUAACCGAGGAGCCCAGAGCACAAAAAUCCAGCUGCAGUCAACCAAGUUCGUGAGCAAGGCCAUUAAUGGAACACACAGUGAUGGCCAAACGUCAGGGACAAAUGGUGCCCUAGCUCAGCCAAACCAACCGCCUUCAAGUAACCUUCAUUCCCCUUUUCCUGUGCUUUCAAGACCCCGGGACACAUACCAAGAGGGUGCGCUCUUUAACCCCCCCUCACAACCAAUGCCAACCAUCCUAGCCAUGUUUGAGAAUGACAGCCAUCGCUUGGCUUUGAUGAAACGCAUGAACAGCAGCUGGCGCUCCAAGGUGCCUUACCCUUGCAGGCAGUGCGGCGCUGUCCUGCGGCAGCCCUCGCUCAUCAUCAGCCACCGGUACCUCCACCGAGGCCGCCGGUCGCACAAGUGCCCAUGCGGACGAGCUUUUAAACACAGGCUGCACCUCCUGAGACACUGUAUUCAGCACGCGGAGGCCAUAAGCUACAUCUGUGUUAGCUGUGGGGACACUUUCACAGGAGCUAAACUCCUGGCGCAGCACCUGAAGGGCGGGUCUCCAAAAAAAUCUCCCUCUGGCUGCACGUGGAAAAGAAAAGUCAAGAGAACAUGCAGAAUGCCCUUCACGUGUGACUGCGGAGAACUGUUUCCCAGGCCUUCAGCAUACAUAUGGCACCAGCUUAAAAACAGGACAAGUAACAAACCGAAGAAGCCUACAGUGUGACAGAAGUACGAAUAGAUCAGUUUUUAUUUCUUCAAGCAACAAAUCAAAAUAGAUAUGCCACACAUGACACCUGCUUGUUACCAGUCUGUUUAAUUCAUGUGUCCUCCAGUGACAGAAAUAAAGCAAAAACAUAAACACACUCAUUCUAAAUGACUUUGAAUUAUAAGCAUGUUUUAGAUGGUUAUUAACAUGUUUUUACCAUGUGCAAAUGUUACAUAUUUAGUUUCUCAUACAUUUUUCUGCUGCUACACUAACUACCGGAGUUUAAAAAAAUAAAAUAAAA